AUGCAAGAGGAGAAGAGGACGAAGGUGAAGAAAGGAUGGCUUGCAGUACGAGUAGGGCUGGAAGGCGAGGAAGGCGGCUUCCGGAGGUUCGUCAUCCCUAUAGCCUACCUCCACCACCCUCACUUCACGAGGCUUCUCGAGGCAGCUCGAGAGGUCUACGGCUUCCGCUCCUCCGGCCCCCUCAAGCUUCCCUGUUCCGUCGACGACUUCCUCCAUCUCCGGUGGCUCAUCGAGCGGGAGUCGCAUCACUCCCAUAGCCUCCACCUCCACUCUUUCCCUUUGCACUCAUGUUGA